AUGAUUGCCAACGAGGAGAGAAGCGAUGGCAUUUACGUCCUUACGGUGAUCCUGGUGAUUCUUGGGCUCUGCGUCUCACACUACCUCCUACUACCGAAGCCGAUUGCCGGUAUCCCAUACCACCCCUCAGCAGCUCGAUCUAUCCUGGGCGAUUUACCAGCCCUAUUUCGUGAAGGUAGCGAUGCUGGAUUGGCAUGGCUGGUCUUCGUGGCUUCCAGACAGCCCGACCCCCUCUUUCAAGUCUUUCUGAACCCAUUAGGCAAGCCCUUCGUUGUGCUCACGGACUACCACGAAGCACGAGACAUUAUGAUGCGUCGCAAGGAAUGGGAUCGCUCCUCAUUCGCCACGAAUGUCGUCAAAGGGGCUUUACCGAACCACCACAUCACCUUACCGACCGGGCCCGCCUGGAAGGCUCAGAGACGCCUCUUACAAGAUCUCAUGAUGCCAGAGUUCUUGAAUAAGGUGGCUGCGCCAAAUAUCUACACCAGCGUGACUAGCCUUUUGAGCCUGUGGGAGAAGAAGGCCGUGAUCGCGGAUGGAAGGGCUUUUUCAUCGCAACGUGAUAUAUACCAUGCAGCCAUGGACGCAGUGUUAGACUUUUCAUUUGGAAAGAGCUUCAGCCAUAGGACUAUGCCGGGUCAGAUUAAUGCUGUUGAAUCUUUGGGGGCCUUAUCUUCUUCAGGAGAACCGUUGGAGUUCACACCAGCACCAGUCCAUGAGACCAUCAAGGCCAUCCUCCAAACAGCUGAGACCAUUGGAGAGGUCAAGGAUACUGGCCUUGUUGGUCUCGCCUGGUGGUGGAAGAAACUGCAGUCUGAAACCAUCGAGGCACAUCGAACUCGGGUAACGUUCCUCAAGGACCAAGUCGGCAGAGCGAGGGAGAGAAUACGAUGUGUAAGAUCAAGCAAUGACACGGCCAUCCAGUCUGCUUUAGACCUUAUAUUGUAUCGCGAGGCCCGUUGUGCUGAGAAAGAGGCUCGCGAGCCAGUUUUCUGGUCAGACGUUAUUAGAGAUGAGAUUUUGGGAUUUGCGAUGGCUGGUCAUGACACCACAAGUACAACAAUUCUAUGGACGCUUAAGUUCCUCACAAACUCUCAAGAUGCGCAAGCGAAGCUACGAGACGCACUACAUCGUGCUCACCCUAAUCCUCUCGCCGAGAAACGAUUGCCAAACCACUCGGAGAUCACCAGUACUCACUGUGCUUAUCUUGAAGCCGUCAUAGAAGAGGCCCUAAGGCUAGCGCAUGUUUUCCCUUUGAUAGAACGGCAGUGCUCGGAAGAUACUGUACUUCUAGGCCGAUACAUUCCAAAGGGAACCAUACUCUUGAUCGGGACAAAAGGACCCAGCAUUACGGAGAAUGCUCGCAUCAUCGACGAGAACAUACGCAGCGAGUCGAGCCGAGCAGCUGCCCUCAAGCGCGGCUAUAGAGCAUGGGAUGAAAAAUCGGACAUCGGAGCUUUCAACCCGGAGCGGUGGCUCAAGAGGAAAAGGGGCUCCGAUGCCUGGGAGUUUGAUUCCUUAGCUGGCCCGACACUGCCGUUCGGAUUGGGACUCAGGAGUUGUUUUGGUAAAAAGCUAGGAUAUCUCGAAUUACGAUUGCUGGUAACGCUUCUGGUAUGGAACUUUGACUUUCAGCCAGUUCCAUCCGAUUUAUCUGGACUGGAGCCAUAUGAGGGGUUGACACAUAGACCAAAGCACUGUUAUGUGAAGCUGGUGAAGCGAUCGAAUAGCUAG